UUGCUCCACCGGCCAAUGGUGGUGGCGGCCCCGCCCCCGUGCGGUGAGGACGCGCCGUGCGCGGUUCCGCCCUGCCGGGGGGCCGGAAGUGAUGUGGCGCGGAGUGGCGCGAUGUCUGCCAUCUUCAACUUCCAGAGUCUGCUGACAGUAAUCUUGCUGCUCAUAUGUACCUGUGCCUAUAUCAGAUCUUUGGCUCCCAGCUUACUGGACAAAAAUAAAACUGGACUGUUGGGGAUAUUCUGGAAGUGCGCCAGGAUUGGUGAGCGGAAGAGCCCCUACGUGGCUGUGUGCUGUGUCGUGAUGGCCUUCAGCAUCCUCUUCAUGCAGUAGAGCCUGGAGAGUGUCCCCCGCUGCCAGACAGCACAGUGUGGGAGAGUUCCUGGCAGGAAAAGAUGGGAAAGUGUCACCAAGUCUUCUCCCACAUGAUGGACCCCCCGUCUUCUGGUGGACAACCCCUGCAAACACACCAUCCUGUGCAGUAUUAGUGAUCACAACCCAGAUGACAUGUGCUUGUUAAUGUGGAGUCAGCACUGAUGUAACUCUUGAAAGAGUCUAUUCUAACCAUAGCAAUAAGGCCACCCUUGGAAAAAUAAAGAACAAUGUGACUUUA